CGUAUCUUGGAAAACCCCUUCUCUGCCCUUCGUGCGGCAGAGUCAAUGAUAGAGAACGGCCACCCUAAUGCUGAUGUCUCCUCUUCCAAGCCAACCAUCGCAAGGAGCAAGAGGCUGGAGGCAGACACAAAUCCACCUCUCGCUGUUCGUCCUAGGAACUAGCGGAGAAGGCAGCCGAAGUGUUUCGUCAGGCAUCCAAGGAGAUCCACGAUGUGGAUUCUGGUUUCGUGUUGGAGGAGGAUGAUCCCGAAUGAAUGAGGAUGGAAUGCAGUUAUGGUCCAAAAGCACGACGGAAGCCACCUCAGGGAAGUCCUAACCCCCUUUUGAGUUUUUUGAAAUAUAGAUCUAAGAAGAAGAAACUCAAAAUAGUGUAAAAGAAUUUGGGAACCCAUAUGGCUCCUGCCCCCAUGAGCUAGAAAUCGAUGCUUUUAACUAAUGUUCAUGAAUUUGUUGUCAUAGAAUUACAAGAGGGCAACCAAGAAAGACUGUGUAGCUCACCUUAAAUACCUUAUCAAAGAGCAUAAUCUAACAGUGUUCACUCUGUUGGAGACCCAUCUUAGUACAGAAGGUUCCAUCUGCUUCCUCAAAAGACUUGGGCGACGUUGGGCUGCAGAUUUCAUGGAGACAAAGGGCAGAUCCAGGGGUAUUUUGAUUUGUUGGGAUGAGGAACGACUUCAAGCAAGUUUGGAUGUAUGGGAUUGGUGGUGAUAUAUCUGAUAGCUACCCAUUAUGCCUAGAGUGAAGGUAUUUUGUUGGAAUUUGCUUUAUCAUCACCUCCCAACAUCAGAUUGGCUUGCAGUGUUAGGAAUUUAGAAACAUGGUCGCUAUAGUGGCAACGAUACCCGAAGACAUCAUUCAUUUGGAAAUUCUCCCAUGGCUUACCAAUAAGGCUCUCUUCAAGUUCAAGUCCGUCAAUAAGAAAUGGCAUCAUCUCAUCAACCAUGAUCCUACAUUCGCACACCAACGCUCACGCCGUUGUGGGUUGCCUGGCUUUGUGUGGAUAUGUGAUCACAAUAUUGACUUUAUGCCCGUCAACCUUAUUGGGCAACAUGACGUUUGUGAAACUAAGUUGUCUUUCUCCCUUCCUGAUGGAUGUUCUGCGUAUAUUGCUGGAUGUUCCGCGUAUAUUGCUGCCUCUGCCAAUGGCCUCCUCUUGUUAUUGUUGACAAGAUGGGAGGAACAAAACGAAAACGAAUGGUACAUGUAUGAAGACGAGAGCACCUUCCAUUAUGUGUGGAAUCCAGUGACAAAAGAGGGUCAUGCCAUCCCUGAAAGUCAAGUUCAAGUUUAUGAGAAUAUUGGCCUGGCCUUUGAACCAUCAACUACUUCGACCCGUUAUAGACUAAUAAAACUAGUAGAAGACAAUGAACUAGAAUUUACUGAGAUUGAGUUCAAGAUAUACUCUUCGGACAUAGGGAAAUGGAUAAUUUCUGAUCAGAAGCUUGUUAUCAAAGAUGAGUUCAAUAGGUAUCGGUGGAAUGUGUUGUACGCUAGAGGCAUCAUAUAUUGGAACUAUUUUCCCUACAUAAUAUGGUUUGACCUUGAUAAAAAUAUCUCAGGCAGCAUGAUGUCGCCAAUAGAAUAUGAAGACAUUCCAAUAUAUUAUGAUGAUGUUUAUUGUCAAUGUAUCGGGGUAACUGAUGAAGAGAUUUUGACAAGCACUCUAUUUAUGAAAAAUAAUUCAAUUUUCAUAUGGAUGAUGAGUAAGGAUGGAGAAUGGGUUAAGAGGUACCAUGUUUUAGAUUUUUUGAACAUUAGGGACAUUGACUCUUUUUCACUUCUACCAUUCUGUGGGGGUGAUAAGGUAUUCAUGGAUCUGACAUUAUUUUCUAUGGGGAGGAAGGCAAUGUUGUGUUGUCACGACAUGAAGACAGGAGAGACUGUGAUGAUCGAUAUGUUGAAGCAGAAUCGGCUAUGGUCACCUUGUCAGUACGUAGUGUUAAAUUACAAUAAUAUGGCCGAGAUAGGUAGCUUAAAAUACUAAGUUUGGCAAGGCUUCUCUGCACCUCAAAAUUUAUAGUGAUGCAAAUUCAAU